GUUUAUUUCGUAAAUAUUUUAAGUUCUAGAUAUUGCUAUUAAGAAUAUAGCAUUAAUGUUUCUAUCCAAUUCUCUUAGCCAGUUGCUGCUCCCAAAUUCUUGUACACCAUCUGAUUGUGAUAAUAUAGACUCAAUCUCUGGUAUUAUUUCAGCUCUUGUACGCCCAUUGACAAAUGUGAUAAAUCUCUGUUUAGGGUAUUUCUCCUCGUAUGCUCUAUUGAGUUCAUCUAGUUUUAUAAGUACAUCUUCUGGUGUUCGCUUAGAGGCUUGCUCCUCUCUACUCAACUUGCUUAAACCCGAGACCUGUCCGAUACGGGGAUGUGAAUUAACAAAUAAAGCUUUACUGGAGAGAUCCCAGGUGUUUACGAUACUUUUAGCUACCUCUAAGCAAUCUAAGUAGUUACUUCCGCUUAUAUCUCUGCUUAAUUGCGGUACAAGUAGAUACCUCAGUGGUUCUGACGGUUCUAACACAUUAGAUAAGUAUUCUAGUAAAAAUAUCUCUCGCUUUUCUACUUCUAAUUCUAAUAACUCGUUAUAUGCCAACAUCGUCAUCCUUAACUCCGAAGACGAUAUAGAUAAGCAAAUGAGAGGGUAGAAUUUAUAAAAUUAUUUAUUAUCUUCUGAAUUAUCCAUACUAUCGAUAUUUCACUCUUUAUCUCAGACCAUCAUUAUGCUAGCACGCAGCUUAAAGCAAUUCAGCCGUUCAAGCAGGCUGAGCUUACAAUUACGUGGAUAUGCAGCUAAUCCUGAUCGUAACAGUCAAUUUGCUAGAUUAUCCGAGCAGGAUCUCCCUUCAUUAGCAUCCAUCUUCUCAUCACCAGACACAUCCCUCUUAACGACGUUGGGUGAGAAACCAACAGCGACAUCAGAUGAUUUAGAGCCAUUCAACGUUGAUUGGAUGGGCAAAUAUAAGGGUCAAUCUUCUAUCAUCGUCAAACCAAAAACAACUGAAGAAGUUAGUAAAGUAUUAAAGUGGUGCAAUGAACGUAAGGUAGCUGUUGUACCACAAGGUGGUAACACUGGUUUAGUUGGUGGUUCCGUACCUUUACAUGACGAGGUAGUCUUAUCUUUAUCCUCUAUGAACAGCGUUAGACAUUUUGAUCCAUUAUCUGGUUAUGUUUCCGUCGAUUCUGGUAUCGUGCUUGAGAAUUUGGACAAUUUCCUCGCACAAAAAGGUCACAUCGUACCACUCGAUUUAGGUGCCAAGGGAUCUUGCCAAAUUGGUGGUAACGUAGCCACCAAUGCAGGUGGUUUACGUAUGCUCAGAUACGGUAGUUUACACGGAAAUGUCCUCGGUUUAGAGGUCGUCUUGCCAGACGGUAGAAUUAUCAAUGGUAUGAAGGGUCUCAAGAAAGAUAACACUGGCAUUGACCUUAAGCAACUCUUUAUUGGAUCAGAAGGUGUUUUAGGUGUCAUCACUGGUGUCACUCUCUCAACUCCAGUUAGACCUUCUGCUACAAACGUCGCUGUUUUUGCUUUGCCUGACUACGAAUCAGUUCAAUCUGCUUUCUCAUCUGCCAGACGUGAUCUCGGUGAAAUUUUAUCAGCUUUUGAAUUCUUCGAUGCUGCCUCCUACAAACUCGUCCGUAGCCACGGUCAUGCUGCUGAACGUAAAACAUUCGAGGAUGGUGAAGACGCUCCUUUCUUCUGUUUAGUCGAAACUUCAGGUUCCAACAAAGACCAUGAUGACGAAAAACUCGGCGCAUUCUUAGAACAACUUAUGGAAUCAGGUAUCGUUAAUGAUGGUGUUUUGGCUCAAGAUGAAACACAAAUUGGACAGCUUUGGUCACUACGCGAAGGUAUUCCAGAAGCUGCAGGAAAGGCCGGACGUGUAUACAAGUAUGAUUUGAGUUUACCUGUUGAGAAAAUGUACUCCUUGGUUCACGAAAUCCGUCAAAAACUCUCAGAGAAGAACUUAUUAGCAGCUGAAGCUGAAGGCGGUAAUGGAAGUGGACCUGUAAAGACCGUUUUCGGUUUUGGUCACUUAGGUGAUGGUAACCUUCACAUAAACAUUGUUGCAGAUGCUUACAAGAAGGAAAUUGAAGAGGUUGUCGAACCGUACAUUUACGAGUUAGUUGCAAAACACAAUGGCUCUAUCUCAGCCGAACACGGUCUUGGUUUAAUGAAAGCUCCUUACGUUUCAUAUAGUCAGGAUUCACCUUCAUUAGAUCUCAUGCGUACACUUAAAAAGACUCUUGAUCCAAACGGUAUCCUCAAUCCAUACAAGUGCGUAACAGCAGAGUAGAAUAGAUAUUAUAGAUGUUGUUUUCCAUUUUCAUGCAUGCGAUUUGAUCAUAAAGAGUACAACCGAAACUUAAAUAUAUUAUGAUAAAUAACGUAUUACAUGCCGUCUUCAGAUACCGUCCUUAUGCUAUUAAUCUCGUAGGCUGGAUGUAUUGUAAUGUUUCUUAGACUGUCGUUGACUACUUUGUCCAAGGCAAUGACACGUCCCUUUAGAAACUCAAUUUUGUCUCUUACAUCUUUUAAGGACAUAUCUGCAUCACUGGCACGUUCUAGCAUCAGCCUUUUCAGUUCCCGUGAGUGUGUUGUUAUUUGAUUUUUCAAAUAAUCAUUUUGACGCGACUGUGACGAAGAAGUAUUGUCAACUUUACUAACAAUUGAGCUUAACCUGUCAUUCAAGUAAUUAUCUUUGUAUAUUAAGUCAGAUACUUGAGUUUGGACUUGAGCCAUUCCCCUUUUCACUCCUUCGACAUCUUGAGCAAACCUACUACUGGAUGUUACAAAUGCAUCUAUUGCUUGUCUAAAUAGUUUGUCAUUUUCCUCUCUUUUUUGUUCUCUCAUUGUCAAAUCUUCUACGCGCUUUUUUAAUGACUCAUUUUGUGAAACUAUCGUCUGAUCUAUUCUUCUAAUUUCAAGAUUAUGUCUAUCCAAUCUACUCUUAAAGUCAUCUCUCAAUGCAUCCUGCUUUCCGAUAACUGAUGAGUUAAUUUCGCUUCCUUUUUCUUUUCGUUGCACUUCAUUUAGGUUGCUAGCUAGCAAAUUUUCAAUAUUUUUAUCAACCUUCUCCAAAUGACUGAUAGUUGAAAUUAUAAAGCUAUCAUUCCUGAGCUCUUGUAAUUUGACUUGCUCUUUAGCGUCAUGAACCGCCUUUGCUAUAGAUUCAUCAACGCCUUUCUUGGUAUCUUUAUCUUGCUUGAUUAUAUCAAAUUCUAGUAUUAAAUCAUUAUAACACUUUGCGCUUGUUUCAGCGAUCUUCGCACUAUUCCUCCUCUCUUCCUCUAUUUUCUCAUUAAAGGAAAUUUCUAGGUCCUUGAUCUUCACAUCUUUUUCGUUAUCUUUACGUAAAAGAUCUCGAAUGAUUUGCUGUAAUUCUUCAUUGCGAGUUGUUGUUUUAGUAAUGAUGUUCAUCAUUUCUACUUGUGUACUAAACAAUCUCAUUACAUCCACUUGAUCGACUUUAGGUGAAGCAAUCCGAUCAGCAUCUUGAACUCGAGAUGUGUAGGCUCUAGAGCCGUUUUCGGUUUGAUUGAGAGUAUUUUCAUCCUCAAUCAUACGUGGUGAAUCAUAUAUUUGUUUAUGAUAUGCCAUAUGGGAUGCAGUCUCUAUUCUUUUAAUGGCAGUAGAUUGAAAUUGUUGUUGUCGAAUUGCUGCUUCAACUUCUUGAUUGUUAGCUGUAUGUUGCAUUCUUACUUCAUCUUCUUGAUUUGUUUCAUAUUUUCUUUCAUCUUCCUCUUCUCUGUCAAGUUUUGACAUUGAAAUGACUCUACGCGAGUGAUGGUCUGUCGAUCUCUCUCUCAUGUUGAUAUUUCUGUUAUUUCUGGCUUUUCCUAUUUGAUCAACACCAUUUACUUUCUUAACGGCGCCUUGACCUGCUUUUUGAUUGACAUUUUCACCAUUCUGCUGCUGCUUUGUUUGUUUCUGUUCAGUCAUACUCUGUUGUCCACUAGGGCCACUUGGCUGUUUGUUAGAAGCUUGAUCCUGCUGGUGGAUAUCUGAAUGUUGCUGAUGUGGUGGUAUUUGCUGAUUUUCGGUGUGUUUCUCAAAAUGUUUCUGCUUCUCUUCCUUUCUUUUACGUAAGGAUUCAAGCGAAUUUCCAUCCUUUUCGGUACGUCUUGUCUUAUUAUCUGGUACUGUUUUAUAGUUUGUAACAUCUUCGAUUCUAUUCUGUGGAAUGAAUGGUGCCUGUGAAGAAACAGUAGAUCUAUAUCCAAUAGGAUCGCUUUUGCGAGAACGCUUUGGUUUCAUAAUUGAACUUUCAGAAGUCCUUGGUUCAUAGUCAUAGAGUGAAACUCGUACUGGUCUUCGUCUUUUGCGUGAUUGUGACAUCUGCGAGGAUCGCGGUGACUGCGGUUCCUGCACCUCUCCUGAUUGUGGAUCUAAAUUCAAUUUUGAUGAUUUCGUUGGCUUUUCUAUUAUAGUAACUUCAUCGGGAUCUGAGUGGUUUCCAGAAGAUUGCGGAAUUGUAGAAGCAGCCAAACCAGUGGAUUCUGAAGUAUUCUGAUUCCGAGGAAUGUUAUUCUCAGGUGCAGCCAAAUUUGAAGGAUUGCUUUUUGAUGUAGCUGGUUCCAAAUUAUUAGCAACUUCAUCCUCAGAAUCACUAGCCGAAUAAUUACCUCUAAAAGGUAAUAAAUCUCCCUCGAUAUUUUCGAAUGUUUUAGAAUUGAUUCUCGUCUUCUGGGAAGCCGGAGUAUUGGAUUUCAAAGGUUCCUUCUGCACUUUCGUAGUAGCUGUAUUCUUGGAACUCUCUGUUUGUCCUGAGGGCUCAGCUAAUUCAUCCUCCUCUGAAUCCGAAGCUAUCAAAAACGAUUUGCGUCUGGCUGGCUUGCUGGAUGACGGAGGUGCAUUGGUAAUAUAAUCAAUUUGAUGCUUAGAAUUAUUUGAUACACCUUUUUUACUUUUCUUGAUUGAUUUACUACCAAUGAUAGCGCUAC